GCGAACAGUGUCAAAUCGCGGGAAUGCCAUAACCUCAAUUCGGAACAGUUCCUCUUAUCAGGCGGAUUGGGUGUGUUUUUGUUGAUUUUCGCGAAUUUUCCAAAUUCCUAGCAUUUUUUUUUCUUUGGGAAAAUGGCUCUUGACUUAGUGUCCUACCUGCUGAUCAUCCUAGUCGUCGUCCUGCAUAUCAUGGUGCUGGGAUAUGUGCUAAAAAAGAGACCAAAGAAUAUUUCCGGGAAGCAUGUUGUCGUCACUGGAGGAUCUUCGGGAAUUGGGCUGUGGUCAGCUGUCCAUUGCUUCAAGCGUGGAGCUAAUGUUACCAUCGUGGCGAGAAAUGUUAAAGUCCUCAAUGAAGCCAAAGCAGAAAUUGAGAAGCACAGAGUAAAUGAGCAGCAGAAAAUUCUGGUUAAAUCCCUGGAUCUCGGGACAAGCUACGAUGCAGUCGAGAAGGGCUUUAGGGAAAUUGAAGAAGAGAUGAAUCUACCAAUUUAUAUGCUCGUGAAUUGUGCGGGAUUGGCUAUUUGUGGCCUGGUGGAGGAAGUCAGUGUCCAGGAUGCAAAAUUCAUGAUGGAUGUCAACUACUACGGAACGUACUAUCCCACCAGGUAUGUCCUGCCAAAGAUGAAGGCUGCUCGAGAGGGUAUCAUUGUGAUAACAUCCUCUCAAGCAGCCCUCCUGGGCAUCUACGGCUACGGAUCGUAUGCAGCAACGAAAUUUGCUCUCCGGGGCCUAGCUGAGACAAUCCACAUGGAAGUCAGUCAUCUGGGAGUUGGAGUGACCCUUGCACUGCCCUGUGACACAGAUACACCGGGAUUUGAACGUGAGGAACGAUCCAAACCCGAAGAAACCAAACUCAUUUCCUCUUCCGGAGGCCUCAUGAAGCCUGAAGACGUCGCAGAACGCCUCGUUGAUGAUGCCCUUAGAGGUUCAUUCUUCUCAGUCUAUGGCCUUGAGAGCUGGAUCCUCUCGAUCCUCUGCGUGGGCAUGGCUCCAUGGUCCGGUUUCUACCUCAAUCUCCUUCAGAUCCUUCUCAUGUCCCCCCUGCGCCUCGUGAGCUUCUUCAUUCGCAUGAACUUCAGCAGUAUUAUCCGGAAAUGCGCCAGAGCAAAAGCCAAGAAGGAUUAAAACCCCGAACAAUUUUUGUAUUUCAAUUUUACAUCAUUCAUAUUUUGUUCAGAUAAAAUUUCGAGAAAAAUAAUAAAUUACAAUGAAAUUUUC